AUGGCUUCACCGACCCCUUCGUCGUCGACCACAAUCACUGGCGCGGCCACUACUUCAUCUUCAAUAGCCACCGUCGCGAUGUUGAGGGACACCACCGUUGUCAGCCCUGGCAGUGAGCAUGCCGCCACGGUGCAGCACAUCAGUGCCGAGGGCGACACCACCACCAACUCGCCCACCAUAUGUUCGACUGAUUGCCUUAGCCCUGAUAUCGACGUGCUGAAGCCGAUCAGUGCAGCACCGACUUCCACUCUCGCACCUGCUGCCCCAAGCACAGAGGAAGACGGGAACAACUUGCUCGCAAGGUGUUCAAUGCAAGUUCACAACAGCAAUGCCGUGCUAACUAUUUCACCAACCUCGGCUGAUUCAUCACUGGACUCCAGCAAGGGCAGUUCAUUCGAGUACAGCAAGAUGAGGUACACCAUCAAUUCCACCCCAUCAUUCUCGAUGGGUGUUGUUCUGUCGUGCCUGGCCACCAAGGUUUAUGAUAUCCUGAAGGUGUUUGAGGUGAUUACUACUUAG